AGAAUAGCUCGGCAGACUUAAAAGUGGUGCAAAGUGCAUAAGCGUAAUCAGAAGGAGCAUGUGGUUAUUCCGAAUUUUGCUCGGCUGCGGUUUGCUCGCGACGCUCGCCAAAAGCCAAGGGCUGUCAGUUAUUGGACCGAAAUUCAUACGGGCGAACAAUGUAUACAGUAUAGCGUUUAGUAAUACCUUGUCAAAUAACGUCCGAUUGAGACUGGAUUUGGAAGGCACAAGCGAAGGGAUUAACGUUCUGAAUGCAACGAAUGAAAUAAAACUCUCGAGAAGAACGGGUCGAACUGUAAGUUUCCAGGUGGGACUUAUUCCAGAGGGUUUAUACAGUUUAUCGAUACAAAGCCUAGAUGCUAGUUUUGGGUUUAGUGAAACCAUUGAGUUACUGUAUGAUGGGAAAAUCUCAUCAAUAUUCAUCCAAACCGAUAAACCGAUCUACAAACCUGGAGAUAUUGUAAGGUUCCGGGUUAUUGCAAUAGAUGCCGACACGCGCCCAGUGACGAGUUACAAAACUAUAGAUGUUGGACUUACCGACUCGGUAGGAAAUUCCAUCAGGCAGUGGAAGUAUGCCAGGCUAUAUACUGGAGUCUUUGAGUCAGCCGUACAGCUGGCGUCUUCGCCGAAUUUGGGCAACUGGAACUUGACGGCAACGGUUGGGGAUUAUCAAGUAGUGAAACAAAUUGAAGUACGAGAGUACGUACUGCCCAAGUUCAUUGUUAAAGCAUAUCCGUCUGGAGUUUUACUUAUUGAAAAGAAAAAGGUUAGCGUGUCAGUAGAAUCGUCCUAUACAUUCGGUAAACAUGUCGAUGGGACUGUUCGUGUGGAUCUCUUUUUUGACAAAGAAAUGGAAAAACCCGACAUGACGAUAAAAGACCAGCACAUUUCUGGGAUAGCGACCGUCACUUUUGAUCUUGGCAAUGCUCUGGAAAUCGAAGGAGAAGAUGUCUACCACAAGGAUGUUUUUGUCAGGGUGGAAGUAAUGGAAACAUUUACAAAUCGCACGGUCAAUAUCACGGAAGUGAUACCCGUAUAUCAAUAUCCAUAUAAAUUUUCGUUGAUUAAGUCUAGACCACGGUUUAGACCCGGUUUGCCGUAUCAAGUGGAUUUAUCAAUAACGGAUCAUAAUGACGAACCAGCACCCGAGGAGGCUGUUGUAGCAAUUUUAAUAAAUUAUGAAGGAGAAUCCUUGGAGAGCGAACUUCCGAUGGAAGGCACUAUCCGCAAAGGUCUAGUUCCGUUGGAAUUAACACCACCACUCAAUGCAGAUAUAACAUCUAUCAAGGUAAAAUAUCAUACGGAGGAUUACGAACCAGUUGAUACCAUUUACGGUGUUCAAUCAAAAAGUUUGCAGUACCUACGAAUUGCGCUGAAACCGAAACAAAAAAUUCGUGCUAACGCUGAGGCCGUUUUCGAAAUCACCUGCACAGAGGCGUUAAGCAGCUUCUCGUACACCGUCGUAUCGAGAGGCAAUGUGAUCACCUCUGGAUAUCAACUAGUACGAAAUAAGAAAAGAACUGAUUUCAGGCUUAAACUCACUCCCCAAAUGGCACCCAAGGCACGGGUCAUUGUAUCCUACAUGACAACUUUUCUAAUUUACGAUGACAUAGAGUUAACUUUUGAGACGUUUAACAAUGAUUUCUCAUUCACCUUGGAUGCUGAAGAGUACCAACCUGGUCAGGAUUUUUAUGUGGACGUCAAAGCUGCUAAAGAUUCUUAUAUUGCUUUUGGGGCUAUCGAUCAGAGCGCGCUAUUGUUGGGCCGUUCAGGACAUAAUUUAGCCGAAAAAGAUGUGCUCACUGAUUUGGCUCUAUAUGGAAGCACGGAACCGAAUGAAUUCGAUCCAUUCAAUACAAUGGGACUAUUUUUAAAAACUACCGCCGAGUUAGAUUUUGCUUAUCCUAGGGGUCAAAUGAAUCGAUUUGGGGGUCAUUCUCUAUUAGUCAAAAAUGUUCAAAGAGCAGUUCAUAUUAGGACGGAAUUUCCGGAAGCUUGGCUCUGGAAAAACUAUACUAUGAAUGGAAAACACGAGAAGUUUAGUUUCAACGACACCGUUCCGGAUACCAUAACCUCGUGGACAGUUUCAGGAUUUGCCCUCAGUCCCACACUCGGAUUGGGGAUCAUUAAACAACCUCGGACUUUCGUGGUGAAACAGCCAUUCUACAUUGUUAUCAAUUUACCAUACUCCAUUAAGCGUGAUGAAGUGACCUUGAUCCAGGUGACAAUCUUUAACUUUCUAGGAAACACGGUUACUACAGAUGUGACACUAUUCAACAAGAACGACGAAAUCGAAUUCGUCGAAAAGUCUUCAAACGACAAUACUCGCCGUACCAAAGCCGUACUUGUGCCAACAAAUAAUGGCAAACCAAUUUCGUUCAUGAUUAAAGCAAAGAAACUUGGUGAAAUAGCAAUUAAGGUUGAAGCGACUAACUUACUCACUUCUGAUGCUGCCGAACAUAUGCUGCGAGUAACUCCGGAAAGCAGACGUUAUGAAAAAAAUGAGGCCAGAUUUAUCGACCUAGACCGCCACGGGAAAAGAAGCUUUGACAUCGCUAUCAGUAUUCCAAAGAACAUCGAUAAAGAAUCUGCCAGGAUUAAAUUUACACUCGAUGCGGAUUUGUUUGGCACUACCAUCUCUAAUUUGGAGUCAUUGAUACGCUUGCCGACCGGAUGUGGUGAACAAAAUAUGGUCAAAUUUGUUCCCAAUAUCGUUAUUCUAGACUACCUUUCUGAAAGUGGAAACCCUUCUGAUGAAAUUCGGACAAAAGCCAUUAACUUUUUGUCGAGUGGCUAUCAAAAUCAAUUGAAAUACAAGCGAUCGGAUGGUUCCUUCAGCGUUUGGGGAGGUUCAGAUACCAAAGGUAGUACCUUCUUAACAGCAUUUGUAGCAAAGUCCUUGAAAAUUGCUGCGAAAUACAUCGAAGUAGAUAAAUCGAUAGUUGAAAAUGCAUUCCUUUGGUUGGCUAGUAUUCAAACUGAAGAAGGCAGAUUUAAUGAAGUUGGUCGUGUUGUACACGCUGACAUGCAAGGAGGGCUACGCUCGACGAACUAUGCACUUACAGCUUAUGUAUUAAUUGCUUUUCUGGAAAACGAAGACAUUGCAGCAAAACAUCGACACGUUGUAUACAAAUCUACUACAUUCUUGGAGAGAAAAUUUUCCGACAUAACUGAUCAAUAUGAUCUAGCAUUGGCAACGUAUGCACUGUCGCUUGGUGAUCGACCGCAAAGAGAGGAUUUUCUAAACAAACUCCUAGAAACCUCAAUAUUCGACAAGGAACGUGUUGAACGAUAUUGGCAACGGCCACCGGUUAACGUUGAAAUUGCUGGAUACGUAUUACUAUCAUACACUGCUAUGGGGAAAUAUGCUGAUGGACUUCCUAUUAUGCGAUGGUUGAACAGUAAUCGUUUCGCCUUAGGUGGAUUUCCUGGAACACAGGAUACAUUCGUUGGAUUGAAAGCUCUUGCGAAAUUUGCAGCGAAAACCUCAGGCCAUAGAAAUAAUUAUCGGGUUAGACUAAGGCAUACGCCAAAUAAACACUAUACUUUUGACAUUGAUAAACAAAAAUCUAUGGCUAUUCAGGAGCAAGAUUUACCGAACCAUAUUCGUUUCCUAGAUGUAGAAAUUUCUGGUAUCGGAAACGGUUUCUUCCAGGUGGCUUACGAAUAUUAUCAAAAUAUUCAACAGACGAAGCCUAGUUUCAACUUGGACGUUAAAAUGUUAAACACAACGACUUAUCAUGAGCAGCAUCUGCAAAUUUGCGUCAAAUAUAUUCCAAAAGAAUCAUAUGAUCGCUCUAACAUGGCUCUAGUUGAGGUAUUUUUCCCUAGCGGUCUGAUUGUAGAGACGGACGGAGUGGAAGAUUUAUCUGAUUCAAUACGGAAAACUGAAAUCAGAUUCGCUGCCACAUCUUUAGUGGUAUACUACGACAAUCUGGGAACGGACAAGGUUUGUUUCAAGGUGACAUCCUAUCGUAAAUACAAAGUUGCAAUGCACCGACCAGCUUAUGUGGUUGUCUAUGAUUAUUACCAUCGAGAUCGUUUUGCCAUUGAGUCAUACGAAGGAAAAGUUAUGCAGCUGUGCGAUAUUUGUGAAGAUGAAGACUGCCUGGCAUUAUCUUGCUGAGAAAAAAAAACGCCAAAUAAAAUAUUUUAUAUACAA